AUGGCAGGUAAGAAAAAGAGCCACCGCACCCAUCCAGGGUCCGCUGCUUCUUCACCUCAGAAGAGUCGUAAAGAUUCAGAAUUGGUGAAUGAAACUCAUCAUCGCCAUCAGGAGAAUGAGAAAGCACAGGAGAAAGCUGUCAGUAAAAAUGAAAUCAAAAAGGAUUCAAAGCUGUACAACUUUGCUGUUAGAACAGUAUGGACUUUUGUUAUGAUUGCAGGGUUUUUCUUCAUUUUAGCCUCCGGUCAUUUCUGGUGUAUUAUACUUAUAUUGGCAUGUCAAAUCGCUACUUUCAAAGAAUGCAUUGCUGUCACUGGUCGCUCUGGUCGUGAAAAGAACUUGCCUUUGACUAGAACUUUGAAUUGGUACUUUUUAUUUACGACUAUCUACUACUUGGAUGGUAAGUCUCUCUUCAAAUUCUUCGAUGAAUCCUUUGUGAAAUACUCGGCCUUAAACUUCAUUGCAUCCAACCACAAGUUUGUCAGCUACUGUCUUUAUGUGUUAGGAUUCGUUAUGUUCGUUUGUAGCUUGAGAAAGGGGUACCUCAAGUUCCAAUUCGCCUCUCUAUGCAUCACCCACAUGGUUUUGCUAUUGGUAGUUUUCCAGGCACACUUGAUCAUCAACAAUGUUAUAAAUGGACUAAUCUGGUUCCUAUUGCCUUGUGGUUUGGUUAUUGUGAAUGAUAUUUUUGCAUACUUGUGUGGUAUCACAUUUGGACGUACCAAACUAAUUGAAAUCUCGCCCAAAAAAACCCUUGAAGGUUUCCUUGGCGCCUGGUUCUUCACUGCAAUUGCUAGUGUCUUGCUAACCAGAUUAUUAACACCUUACUACUAUAUGACUUGUCCAGUCACAGACAUAAAAACGAACGUUUUCACUCCUCUCACUUGUGAAUUGAAUCCAGUCUUUGUUCCACAAGACUACAGAUUGCCACCAAUCAUCUUCGAGAAAAUUGGGAUUGAAGUUGUAACUCUUAAGCCAAUAUAUUUACAUGCGUUAAAUUUGGCAACCUUUGCCUCCUUAUUUGCUCCAUUUGGAGGAUUUUUUGCAUCAGGUUUGAAAAGAACCUUCCAAGUAAAGGACUUCGGUGAUUCGAUCCCUGGUCAUGGUGGUAUCACUGAUAGAGUUGACUGUCAGUUCUUGAUGGGUUCAUUUAUGAAUUUGUACUAUGAAACUUUUAUUAGUGAAAACAGAAUUACGGUUGGUACAGUUGUGUCUACUAUCCUAAUGAACUUAGACCCAGCUGAAAUUGUCCAAUUAAUUCAAACUUUGAACAAGGCCUUGUAUGAUAGCGACAUAAUGAAGAAAGAUGUCUAUGAUAAGAUCACAGAACUUUACAAUUCAUAA